AACAUAAACCCCUUCACAACUGCUGGGUUUGCUGCUGUUUGGAAUUACAGUUCCCCACAUUUCAGUCCAACAACUACACAAUGGGCAAACUCCUUGUCUUGUGUGCUGCGAUUCUUGCCUGCACCAGUAUCGGGUCAGCUCUGCAUUGUUACAAAUGCGACUUUACCUUUUCCGGCAUGCCCUGCAUCACCAAAAAUGUUACCUGCGAAGCUGAUGAUGUUUGUGCAACCAUCAAAGGGUCUGUAGGUGGCCACAAUGUAAUCGAGAGGAAGGACUGCGUCUCCAGGAAAGACUGCAACACAAACUCCACUGAGACAUACCUAAAGAUCAAAUACACCACCACUUAUUACUGCUGUGACGGAGACGCAUGCAACUCGGCCACCACGCUGUCCUCUGCUCACCUUUCCCUAUCCAUGGCACUGGCCAUGCUGGGCUUCUGGUUUACUCAGCUGCUCUAAACACUCUCCCCCCACCCCCAAUCAAAGAGAGGGAGCAACUUCUCCAGGAGAGCAAGAAAAGUUAAACUUACUACACGCUCGAUUGAGUAGCUACUCUUUGUUUAAUGAAAGAAUUGUAUUUUUCUCCAUCUGUGCUCGUGCAAUGCUGGACAAAGUUACACUCUCCUCAGUCCAUUAAAGGACUUAGAAGGGUGUUGCUCUAAUUAACUACUGUACUCUUGGAUCAAAUAAAUCAAGUAUCUGUGGAAUAAAUUAAGGGGAAUUGGUUGGAAGAAGGAAGUUCCUUCCCUUUUCUUUUGACA